CAUUAGGCUUGGGGAGGAAAGCUAUAGGAUACCCCAUUAAGCUGCACUUUCAGAAGCUCAAGCUUUGACAAAGGCUAAGAAAGAGCCAGGAAAGAGAAAACAGUGGUGAGCUCAUCAAGAGUGCAAGGGUGAGGUUUUAAUUGCUGCAGCUUUGCAAGCCUUGGCCGGGCAGAUCCAGGUUUCCCCACAGGAAGAGCCUUCCUCACCCAGACCCACGAAAGAUGCUGAAGAAACCUCUCUCAGCUGUGACCUGGCUCUGCAUUUUCAUCUUGGUCUCUGUCAGCCACCCAGUGUGGCCGCAGAAGCCCGCUAAGCGCAAGACACCUGGGCAGCUCAAAGUGGCCGCCUGCUGUGAGGAGGUGAAGGAGCUCAAGGCCCAAAUUGCCAACCUAAGCAGCCUGCUGAGUGAACUGAGCAAGAAGCAGGAGAAGGACUGGGUCAGCGUGGUCAUGCAGGUGAUGGAACUGGAGAGCAACACCAAGCGUAUGGAGUCGCGGCUCACGGAGGCCGAGAGCAAGUACUCUGAAAUGAACAACCAGAUUGACAUCAUGCAGCUGCAGGCAGCGCAGACGGUCACGCAGACCUCAGCAGAUGCCAUCUAUGACUGUUCGUCCCUCUACCAGAAGAACUACCGUAUCUCUGGAGUGUAUAAGCUUCCUCCCAAUGACUUCCUGGGCAGCCCUGAGUUGGAGGUGUUCUGUGACAUGGAGAUGGCAGGUGGUGGCUGGACCAUCAUUCAGAGACGAAAGAGUGGCCUCGUCUCCUUCUACCGCGACUGGAAGCAGUACAAGCAGGGCUUUGGCAGCAUCCGUGGGGACUUCUGGCUGGGGAAUGAACACAUCCACCGGCUCUCCAGACGGCCAACCCGGCUACGUGUGGAGAUGGAGGAUUGGGAAGGCAACGUGCGCUACGCCGAGUACAGCCACUUUGUUUUGGGCAAUGAACUGAACAGUUACCGCCUCUUUCUGGGGAACUACAGUGGUAACGUGGGGAAUGACGCCCUCAUCUAUCAUAACAAUACAGCCUUCAGCACCAAGGACAAGGACAAUGACAACUGCUUAGACAAGUGCGCACAGCUCCGCAAAGGUGGAUACUGGUACAACUGCUGCACAGAUUCUAACCUCAACGGAGUCUUCUACCGCCUCGGGGAGCACAACAAGCACCUGGACGGCAUCACCUGGUACGGCUGGCACGGCUCUACCUACUCCCUCAAACGGGUGGAGAUGAAGAUCCGCCCAGAAGACUUCCAGCCCUAAAGGAGGCCUGCUGCGGAGCAGGGCUGGAGAAAUGGGAGACCAAUGGAGGCUGGGCAGGGCGGAGGAGGACCGGAAGAGAGGACAGACAGGGUGUGAAUGGCAAAUGGCUUAUGAGAAAAGUCUCCAAUGAGAGAGUAAGUCUUUGAGGAACACAAUACAAUGAUAUGACCCAGGAUGUUACAGUAACGGGAGGAAGCACUGGGACACAAUGAAGGGGUCCUGACACGGACUUCUCGGUGGGCUUGCCUGAAUGGGCUCUUGUGGCCGUGAUCCCUGACACAGCAGCAGCUUCUUUUUUCCACAUGAUUUUGCUAUGAAAAAAAAAGUUGUCAGAUGACUUUAUCCAUUUCUAAGGUGAAGUGAGGGCAGAAAACAAGUCCCUUUGCUAAAGAGAAUCAUAUAUAUGGGUUCACCAAGGAGAAGACCUGGGUGUUAAAGAAAGGAAUGAAAAGGGGUAAUAGGAGAGGAGUUUCUAUUUUUAAAUCCAAGAAAUUACCUUCAGUCUACACUUAAAAAAAAAAAAAAAAGACAGUAAUUGUCCUGCUGGAGGUGAGCUGACCCAGGAUGGACUUGAUUGGAGGAAACUCCAGGCAAUGGGCCUUGCAGCUGGCCUCUGAGAGCCUCCUCUGCUCGGCCUCCAUCAAGGCACAGCAGUGAAGGCAGGAAGUGGGUCUGGUGGUGGCCGGGGAGCUCAGCGGGCGGUGGUGAUAAGUUCCCUCACGGAUGCUUGCACGACACUGCCUGAAAUGAUUCAGUCUAGACACUGCCUGAAAUGAUUCAGUCUACAGAUAUAUCUGUUUUCAUUUACUCUUUAAGAAAAGAGCUUGAAGAGCUUCCUUUUUUAUCUUGUCUAUAAAAUUGGCUGAAAAAUGAAAGUAGAUGGCACUAUAGUUAAUAACUCAUGCUGUU